CCAUUCCCAGGAUUUGCAUUGCUGACUGUCCAUGAAAGGCACAUGUCCCCUUGCUCCCUGAGCUUUGGAAGGAUCAAUCUGUAUGGCCCCUGGUGCUGCUGUAAUGACUUCUCUCCAGAUUGGUGCAAAAGUUGAGAAGUCCCCUUUCAGCCAGAGCAGCAUGCAGACCAGCCUGAGCAUGGCAGUGGAAGCAGAGAUUGACAAGCCCAGGGUGAAUGCUGCCGUCCUGCCCUUCAGUGUGGAGGCACUGAUGGCCGACAAGAAGCCUGGGAGAGAGAGGGAGAUAUCCAGCCCAGCAGUGUCCCCACUGGUAGGGACAUCCCACAGUCCCAGGGUGGGCUCCCUGGCUGCUGCAGAAACUCCCUGCUCCCCUAUCUCCCUAAGCAGCCAUUUCACUGUCGAGAGCAUCAUGAAACUCCCAGAAGAAGCACUUGUCAAGUCGGAGAGCCCGGACAGGCAGGAGGGCCCCUGGAUCCAGAGCCCCAGAUACACCCCCUCCCCAACAAGGAGGAUGAGCCCCCCGGCCUGCACUCUGAGGAAGCACAAGACCAACAGAAAGCCCCGGACCCCCUUCACCACCUCCCAGCUGCUGGCCCUGGAGAGGAAGUUCAGGCAGAAGCAGUACCUCUCUAUAGCGGAGAGAGCCGAGUUCUCCAGCUCGCUCAACCUCACCGAGACUCAGGUCAAGAUCUGGUUCCAGAACAGGAGGGCAAAGGCCAAAAGACUGCAAGAGGCAGAACUGGAGAAACUGAAAAUGGCAGCAAAGCCCAUGCUACCCCCAGCCUUUGGCAUCUCCUUCCCACUUGGAACUGCAAUGCCAUCAGCCUCAUUUUAUGGAACCUCCAACCCUUUCCAGAGACCCACCCUCCCACUCUCACCCAUGGGCCUUUACACUGCACAUGUUGGGUACAGCAUGUAUCACCUGUCCUAAAGACUAUCACUUGAACACAAUCCAGACUGUUGGCGAAGUGUGAAACUUUCCCACACCAUAACGUUUGUCACUAUCUUGUGGAUUCCUAGGGAAUUCAUCUGUAGAAAUACUAUUUUAUUAUUAUCGUCACUUCAGCAUGUAUGCCAUUAUCGCCUUCCUAGACUGUGUCUGACUAGUGGAGUCCUACAACCAGCUUUACCAACUUUUCAUGCCGAAAAAUAACACAGUGCAUCAAUUUUGCAAGCACUUGCGUCUCAAACCCGGGGAUCUAAGAGUUGUUGUUGUUUUUGUUUUUUUGCAAGUUUUAUUUUAUUUUUACAAUUUUUUGCUUGUUUAAUCUGAUUACAUGAUUCAUAGUAAUAGACUGGUUUCUAAAGUAGCAUAUAAAAAAAAGAAAACCGCGAGGGAGCACAUUGAAUUCGCUUUAGACUAUAACAAUGGGUUAAUCAGCAACUGAGUAGAUUACCCUUCAUCUGCAAAAUUUGUAGCCUGUUUUUUUUUCUUCUUCUAAGAACCCAGUGACGUCACAGGAUAGCAUGGCCGAUAAAGGAAUAUAUAUGUAUAAAUAUGUAUGUCUCUUACAUGUAAGAGAUGAAGUAUUUCUAUUUGACAGCACUGUCUGCCUUUUUUGUUUUGUUUGUUUUUGUUAUUGCAUUAAUCCCUUUGGAAGGGGUUGUAUUAUGUAAU